AUGCACACAAUGAAGUCAAUCGUGCUGAUGAUAAGUUUUUGCUCAACGCUUCUCUUCACUUGCAGCUUCAGCAACGUCGAUAUUUCGACAACACAAUUUUUUAAAGAUAUUAAAGAGAGACCAGUCCUGCUGUACCAGUGCUAUCACAGCGGAAACACUAUUGAUCCACCAACAUCUACUAACUUUACAAUUCUGUUUGAUGGCACCAACCCUAGCACAACAAGGGCUGUUUGUACCACGUGGUCUGCAACAAAGGAAACUCCCAACUCUUACGUUACUGGUUCUCUUGAGGCGUAUUAUGAUCCAACUAUCGAUCUUGCAGUGCUCACUACAUCAUCUAUUGAAGAAUUCUUUACUGUUCAGGAACCAUUUGUGGGCAAAACCCUCUACGUUAGAAUCGAAGAUGUCGCCAAGAACGAAACUGUGGUCUACAAAAUAUACGAUACUGAUUUUGAAUGCACGAACGCCAAGAAACUCUUAAAGAAAGUGUGUCCAGACCCUUGCGACAUGGAGCUGACACGAGAAAUCUCAAACAUUUGA